AUGUUGACGAGAUUUGUGCUUGGUACCUUGACCGUUAUUCAGUGUCAGCAAAUUGCGGGGCGGUUUGACAUAGAUUAUGGUCCGGCAGUCGCGUUUUCGGACAGUUACCCCGACAGUCAACUAGAUCGAUUUCGUGAAGACAAUUAUCGUGAAGACAGCUAUCGUACCGAGAAUCAUUACCCGUCAAGUGCAGACCCUUCGUUUGCAGCGUCGCAGGAUGCUCGUUUCGCCAACGAACACUAUCAGGAUCUUUUCUCCUCGCGGGAAUCGUACAAUGGGAAAGACGCCUACAUGUAUUUGAAUUCCCCCGCUCGUCUGAACUCCGCAUCUCGUGUGGACUCAGCAUCUCGUGUGGACUCAGCAUCUCGUGUGGACUCGGCAUCUCGUCUGGACUCGGCAUACACACCGUCCAGACUUGAUUCGCCUCCUACGCGUUCUGACUCAUCGGCUCGUCCCGUACAAGAGGCGUAUGGUGCUUUGCGAACUUUUGCACAACCAACAAUUCGUCCGCCAGAAUUUGAAUCUGGAGAGAUUCCAACGUCCGCACCCGUGGUGGAACGGCCGGUCGUUAGCCCUGCGGAAGGGUUGCAUAUAUUGAACACACUCUUAGCUAAUGGAAUUAAUCAUAUGGAUCAAUUUACUCGAGGUCUACUGGAGGAGAUGGGGAAGCUGGUGCAGCAGUCGUCGGUGACUGUUUCGGCCAGCAAAGUGAAGCAGCAGCUCCAACAGGCAGACUACGGUAUGAGCCCGAAAACGCCAAUCGAAUUCAGAUCAUUGGACCCCAAUUUCUGGUACUCCGCUUCAAAUUUGAAUGACGCAAUCUCACGAAGUUUGAUUGAAUGGAUUAAUAUGCUGAAUGGGCAUACACAGACGGCAAUCAAUGGCUGGAUGGGGGUGCUAGACCAAUGGGGUCGUGUCUUUGAGACUCAAUCCAACUUCCAACAGCGACUGAGUCAUGCAUUAUGGAAACUGCACCAACAUGUAAGCCUCCCCCUUCCUGCGUUCAACCCCCUGCGUUCAACCCCCUGCGUUCAACCCCCUGCGUUCAACCCCCUGCGUUCAACCCCCUGCGUUCAACCC